GUGAAGGGAGGGAACUAUCCCUGUUUUUGUUUUAAAAAUAAAAGCCUGUGGUUUCCAUGGUGACGUCCAGGUUCACCAACAUCACGCAGAAACUUUAAAAUGUCAACGAAGUAAAAAAUGAAAAGUUAAAACAGCUUGAAUCAGCGAGUUGACCGACCGGAUGGAGCCUGAAGAGAGAAACGAUGAGACGGGGAAAUAAACCGGAAACAGCGCAGCGAGCAGAGGAGCAGGGUUCGAUUCCCUCGGUGUCUCAGGAGGAGCCGGACGAGGCUCAGAGGAGAAACUCCUUCAAGCAGCUUCUUGGUUCCAGUGAAACUUUGAAGCUCCGUCACAGAAUGGAGCUGACGGGGAAACUCAUCCUCCAGAGCAGAGCUGCAGAGCAUUACUCAAGUGGAGAAGAGGCCAUGAGGGAGCGUCAGUACGAGAAGGCCGUGAUCUGCUUCUCUAGAGCCGCCACGCUGCAGCCGGAGCAGACUCGGCUGUUUGUGGCUCAGGCGGAAUCGUACCUGCAGCUCUGUGACUUCCAGUCGGCAGCAGCCUGCUUUCAAAAGGCCGAGCUCCUGGAGCCCGGAGCUUUCAGCUGCCGCUUGGCUUUCAUCUACUAUCUCCAGGGUCAGUGUCUGUUCGACAGAGCUCUCUUCUCAGAAGCUCUGGACUCGUUCAGCCGAGCUGCUGAGCUGAAGCCCGGCUGCAGAGUCCUCGCUGCCAGACGUCUGGCCUGUCUGGCAGCUGCAGGUCUUCACGCUCACUGUCUGAAGCUGGUCAACGACUGGAUGACAUCGGACGGUCCGACCUCUGACCUCUACGUCCUCAGAGCCCGGCUGCACCGACGACUCCAGCAGACGUCCCAGUGUCAUCGGGACGUGACGUCGGCGCUGGCGUUGACCCCGACGUGUCCGGAGGCCUCGGCUCUGCUGCUGCAGCUGCAGGAGGCCGGGGAAGGAGCCAGACUUCAGGCCGUGGAGCGGGCGCUGAGCGGGCGGCUCACUGAAGCCGUCUGCAGGAUCAACGCCGCUCUGGAGAACUGUCCGCAGGACGCACGCCUCCACCUGUUCAGAGGGAUCCUCUACCGACGCCUGAAGGACUUCACCGCCGCCAUCGAGGAUCUGGUUCAGGCUGUGGAGCUCAGCGAGAAGGAGGAGGGUGGGGUCAAAGGUCAGGUGGAGGUCAGACACAGGCAGGACGGCUCUUUGGAGGCGGAGGCGGAGUUUCAGCUGGUUCUCACCUACAAUGACUUUGCUGUUCAGUGUUUCAGCCGAGGUCUGUACGCUGAAGCUGCUCUGCUCCUCAACAAGGCCAUCGAGGAGGAGAAGGAGGAGGCGGGGCUGUACCUGAACCGAGGAGACUGUUUCUUUAAACAGGGGGAGUUGUGUUACGCUCUGUCCGACUACCAGCAGGCCGAGGAAAUGAUGCGACCGGACGACCCGGCUCUCCGGCUGCGCCUCGCUGUCCUUCACCACACUUUGGGAUCCCUCCACUUCCAGGAGGGGCGUUUCCAGGAGGCGGUGGACAUGUUGUCUCUGUCCGUCCACUACGACCCUUCAGCCACUCGGUCCUACGAGGACAGAGCCAAGGCCCUCAGGAGGCUCCGGGAGCUGGACGGGGCCCGAGAGGACGUGAUCCGAACCCUGAUCCUGGAUCCCAGCAGCGAGGAGCUGCCUCCGAUGCUCAUGAGUCUGUUCCCUGGACGCUGUGUCUCUGAUGUUUUGUCGAGUCCUGCAGGACAGCAGGUCAGAGGUCAGCUGACGGACGCCAUCCAGGCCUGCGGCGCCGUCUCUGAGCAGCGAAGACGCAGCGAGAAGAUCCGACUGACGACCCUGACCAAUGAGACGCCAGCGAUUCAGUCAGGUGACUCCUCAGGAGGAGAUGAGCCGAGGUCGAGUGUGAACCAACAGGAGGCGGAGUUAACUGUGAGGGGCCUCCUGCAAGGGCUCAUGGGAAAAACUUCAUCAUCAUCAUGUUCUUAUCCACUAAAGUGAGGUAGAACCACCACAACAAACAACAACAAACAACAACAAACAACAACAACAAACAACAACAAAUCAAACCACAGUCCUGUUUCUUUAAGCCUUUCACUUCAUUUAAAAUAUAAAAGACAUCAUGACAAAUUAUGAAAGCUUCAUAAAGAGAAACAUUUUAAAAAGAAAAAUGAAAUAAUUUGAAAAAUGGAUGUGACGUUGAGAAGCAGUUCUAGCCUGAGUCCAGUAGAGGGCGGCAGAGACACGGUGGUUUGUGGGGAAGUUCCACUGGGUUUGAUUUUUAUCAUCUAAGUUCAAAGGUUUGGUUCUUUAUCUUCAUAUUGUAUAAAAAUAAAAAUAAUAAAA